AAUUCUAGUUUUCCUACGAUAUUUAAGCUCUGUCUAUUUUUUCCUUUCUUUCUUCUUUUUUUUUCUUCAGUCUUUAUAGUAAGAUUGUUUAUAAAAUAAAUUGUCAUUGUUUCUUCAAACUUCCAAAUACAUUAAUUUUUUUUACCUUACACUUGGUAUAACGGCAAACAUUGACUUUGAUAAGCCCUUCAGAGGAAAAAUAUAUUCUGUAGAUUAUUCGACAAUACAUGAAUGUAUCUAUCAUAACACAGUGGAAAUGCAGUCAAUCUUAUUUCGAAUUCCGAUUCGUCACUGUGGCACCAAAAUCACCAGGAACUCUCAAAAUAUCAUCGACUCAAUAGAAAAUAAAAUAUAUGUACAAAUGGAUAAAGAAACGCGAAGUGUUUGCGACCGUCAGUACAGUCUCAUGUGUCAAUUAAGACCGGGAUCUGAUUUUGAGACCGGCAGUUACAUACCUCGUUCAUAUGAAGGCAUUAGUACUGGAACCGACCGAAAAAGACGCGAACUGUUUCAAAGAAAAAAUGGCAUGCAAAGAAUCUUAAAAAUUGUGAAUAUAAAUCUUCUGAUGCGAUACUCUGUAGACCAUUACCCAAAAGCGGUUUCCACAGCGAGCCUUUUUCUCGGCUACUUCUUUUAUGUGCUUUCAAUAACAGAAAUUUUUAACUUGUCGGAAAGUAGAAAAAUAAGCAAAAAAAAGUUUUCCAACUUUGCAGUGUAG